CCCAUUGCAGUUUAUUUCAAAGGGCAAUGGGAUAUGAAAUUUAAUAACAAAAAUACUAUAGACAGAAAAUUCUGGCUGAACAAGGAUACUAGCAAAUCUGUGCAGGUGAUGGAAAAAAGCAGCUAUCUCAAUUUUGCCUCCCUGGAAGAUGUGCAGGCCAAGAUGCUGGAAAUACCUUACAAAGACAAGGCUCUGAGCAUGGUUGUGCUGCUGCCAAUUGAAGUCGAUGGUCCGCAGCAGUUUGAAGAUGGACUUGCUGGUGAGAAAUUAAUGGAGUGGACAAGCCUACAAAAUAUCAACACAACAGAGGUGAAUUUACAUUUACCUAGGUUCAAGGUGGAAGAGAGUUUCAAUCUCAACACCAUAUUGCAAGACAUGGGAAUGGUAAAAGCCUUUGGUCCACAAGAUGCCGACCUUUCAGGCAUGACUGGAGACAAGGGUUUAAUGGUAUCUAAGGUCAAGCACAAGUCCUUUGUGGAGGUUAAUGAAGAAGGGACAGAAGCU